AUGGCCAAGUUUAGCCCAUUCAAGAAAAAUAAUGUAAUUAGAGUUGUUCAGGCCAUGGGCCCCUUACCCAGUCAAUCCAAACCCUGCAUGCCCGGCCCAUUAUUGUUGUUAACUGAUCUGAAUCUCAUCUUACACACACUUACCAGUUACCACGAUGGUCUCCUCGAAUUGCAAGCUAAGCGAUAUGACAAGGCUCGCCAUCUGCUGGAAUCUGUUUUGAGAGACCCUUUCAUCUCCAAUGCCCAUGAGGUGGAUGGUAAUGCAAGCGAUACUCAUCUGCAGCAGCUCAGAUAUUUGGCGCUAAAGAAUCUCGCCAAUGUUUUCCUUCAGCAAGGAUCAGCUCAUUAUGAGAAUGCUCUUCAGUGUUACCUUCAAGCUGUUGAGAUUGACACCAAAGAUUCUGUUGUCUGGAAUCAGUUGGGAACUUUAUCGUGUUCGAUGGGUUUGCUCAGCCUUUCUCGAUGGUCGUUUGAGCAGGGCCUUCUAUGCAGCCCUAAUAACUGGAAUUGCAUGGAGAAGUUAUUAGAAGUUCUUAUAGCAAUUGGUGACGAGGUCGCUUGCCUUGCUGUAGCAGAGUUGAUUUUGAGGCACUGGCCUUCUCAUUCUCGUGCUUUGCAUGUGAAAAGCACUAUUGAAGAGUCAGAGGCAGUUCCAUUUGCACCUAGAGGUAUUGAUAAACUGGAACCAAAGCAUAUCCGCCUUAAGUUCCUGGACAAGAGGAAAGCAACUGAGGAGAAUUGUGAUGAAGGUCGAGCUAAUAAACGGCUGAACCAGACCAUUGAGUUGAUGCUGCAUGGAGUUUCGUGGGGUGCUCUUGUUGAUGCUCUGCUGGAAAUCUUACAUCCGCUCAGUGCGCGUGAGACCGAUGUCAAAUCUGAUGAACGCAAAUCUGGGGAUAUGAGGUUAAUUAUACAACCACCAUCCAAUUUAGAUAUUGAUAUGAGCUCUCCUGAAACGAAAAGGCCGAUUGACUUUCCUUGUAGUUCUAGUCAAUGCAAGCCUCUCAGCAGUAGCAAUUCUGAAAGAGUUGGUGCUCUCAAGGAAAGAGAAAGACAUAGUUUCGAUGAAAAGCCUCGUGAGAGGAGGAGUACUCACCUCGAAAGGCUUAGGAGUCGUAAACCUGGGAAAGAAGAAAUGGAUUUUGGUGACAGGAAGGAUUUGGUCAGUUUUGUACUCCAGUAUCUAGAUCCUUUUAUAGUUGGCACACCCUCAGGUGAAAGUUCUGAGCAUGCAGUUACUUGUUCUGCUCCACACGCUGCCGAGGCUAGUUCACCUGAUAAGGAACUGAAUGAUGUUUUAGCAUUUGUCAAAGGAACAUCAAGAAAUUAUGGUGCUUAUGAUAUGGCCCACUUGCUUAUCGAACAUGUUUCAACUAGUGGUCUUAUGUGCCAGGAUGCAUUGCCCAAACUCCUUGAAUUGGAAGGGCUGACAAGAAAUUGGGGGAAAGAUAGAACUCCUGAAUGCAGUCUUUUUCUGGCUGAGGUGUAUUACGACCUUGCAUUUUUUCCUUCCAAUGCUUCGAAGCUCUCAGAUUUCGUGUCAGAAGCAUUGUAUCAUCUAUGCAAAAUUGUGGAAUCAGUAGCGCUGGACUAUCCUUUUCCCCUAACCCUUGAAAAUCAGGGUGGAAGUUGGUCUGAUCACUCUAGUUGUUCUGAUCUCAUUUCUAUCGAUUCCUUGUCAAGUGAAAAAUGCAACUUCUGGAUCAGUUCCCCUUCUGCCUCUCCCACUGGCCGCUGUGUUAAAGCACCAAAAGGCAAAGAGUCCCCAUCACCGAUGAUCGGAACAGGCGAUCUUCGGCCGGCGGCGAUUUCUCCUCGAUGUAAUCCUCGACCAAUCCCAAUGCGGCUCCUCGGAUGGAUUGCCGUCUUUCUUUCAUCCUUCGCCUGCCUCCACCUGGCCGACGCAAAGACGCCCGCUGUGGCCUUCCUUUCGCACUAUAACAAGUACUGCCACAAAACCGUCCCGGAGUUCCCCGAAACCGCGAAGCCGAUGAAUUUGGAUAGCGGCGAGGACAUGAUCCUCCACUUCGACAUUGCGUACUUCACGGGCGGGAGUCAAAUCUUCCCAGGUAAAUCGUCGAUAGACUCCGAUGGAAUCUCGCUCUCUUUCCACCCGAAACGCCGCACUAUCUUCGUCACUGAAAAUCCCGACGUGCUCAAGCUCCAAGCGAGUCUCAAGUUCCACCUCCCUCCCCGAGGUUACUCGAUGUGGCACAACAACCGGAAUUUGAGAGAGAUCCGCUUCCGAGGGCCGAGAAUUCCUGUGAGGACCAAGGCCGUAGGGUUCGAGUUCUAUGGCUUCUGGGCUAGGAAGACAGGGGAGCUGUGUAUGGUUGGAUCUGGAUCCAGUCUCGGAAGCUCUCACGCUGUGAGUUUUGCUCCUUCUUCAAGUGUUGUUCUGAAGCUCAAGUACCCGGUUAGUGAUCCAGGGAACGUUAGUAGUUUGAUUCUUGGCUCUUUGGAGAGUGUUAGCCCUGGAGGGAGUUUGGAUUACUUCGAUCCUGUUUCCAUAUUGGCUGUUCCUCACUUUGGCGAGUAUAAGUAUUCGUUGAUGAGUGGAGGCAAGGGAAAUUGUUUGAGAAGUAAUGGUGGAAUGGAACAGAAUCUUCCUAUUGAGUUGAAGGAUCAAAGUGUAUGCUUAUCUCAGUUGUACCAGCAUGCAAGGAGCUUUGAACUGGAGUAUGGCAGCGAAUGUAGCGAUAGCUCGAAUGGCAGCAAAUGCAAUCCUCUUACUGCUGAUUCUCAGGGUUUGCCUGGUUUCAUGACUAUUCAAGGUAUUAGAUGUGAACCCAACCGUGGUAUGAGAGUCUUAGUUGGGUUUCCUGACUCUAUUGAAUAUUGGUCUCGAGCUUUUGGUUAUGGUAGAGUUUUCAACCCGAAUAAUAUGCUACUCGGUGAGGGAGCAUGGGAUGAAAAGGAGAAUAAGCUAUGUGUGAUAGCAUGUCGAGUCUUGGGGUUUCACCGUUCAUUGCAUAAUGCUUCUGUUGGCGAUUGCUCGAUUCAAUUGAACUUGAGAUUUCCCAAGAAGAUGACGAUUCAACAUAGGAGUAAUGUAGUUGGUCAAAUUUCGAGCAGCAAGAGUGUUAGUGAGGCAGGCUACUUUCCCCCAAUUGGUUUUCAUGGCACUAAGAAUAAAGUAACGGGUCUGCCUGGGCUGAGAUAUGACUACACUAUGCUUGACUUGGUUGGUAAAUCUUGUGCUGAAAAGAAAAUCUCAAAAGGAAAAGGGACGUACCCUAGUCCUUAUUCCUACGACAUGAGAUUUGAUAUGUCAGUGACCAACAGCAAGGGAGAGAAAGCCGAAGGUGAUGCAUCACCUUUUUUUGUGGGUGAGCAGCUGUUUGAGCCAUACCGAAUGCACAGUGGAACUAACAGUCGCCUGAAUCUCAGUUACAAGAUCAGCUUCACACCAUCUUCUGAUUUUGAGCUUGGAGAUGAGAUUUUGUCUAAUAGGUCUGUUGAUUUCUCGGCUGAAGGUACUUAUAACAAAGAGAAUGGUGUAUUGUGCAUGAUUGGUUGCCGCCAUUUGGUAUCUCAUAUUAAACACCCUACUAGAAAUGAGACAACUGAUUGUAAGAUCCUUAUCACCAUGCAAUUUGCUCCUCUGAAUUCAAAAGUUAGAGCUGAUAUCAAAGGAAGCAUUGAAAGUAUGCGGGGCAAGGAAGAUCCUCUUUACUUUCGCAAACUUCAGAUAUCUUCGCAUUCAGUCUACAUUAAGCAAGCCGCAGACUCCAUCUGGAGAAUGGAUAUAGAGAUUCUCCUCGUCUUAGUUACUAACACUCUUGCUUGUAUCUUUGUGGGGCUGCAACUUUAUCAUGUAAGUAAGCACCCUGAAGUCCUGCCCUUCUUGUCCUUUGUUAUGCUUGUUGUUCUGACAUUGGGCCACAUGAUACCAUUGCUGUUAAACUUUGAGGCGAUGUUCGGAUCAACCUCGGGCAGACAGAAUGUGUUUCUCGGGAGUGGUGGGUGGCUGGAGGUGAAUGAAAUAGUAGUGAGGAUGGUUACAAUGGUAGCCUUCCUCCUCCAGUUCCGCCUUCUCCAACUUUCUUGGACUUCUAGGCAGACUGCUGAACGUCAGAAAAGCUUGUGGCUUUCUGAGAGAAGGGUUGUUUAUUUCUCCUUACCACUUUAUGCAGCCGGUGGGUUUCUUGCUUGGUAUGCACACCAGUGGAAGAAUUCCUACACAAAAUCAUAUCUUCGACCUCGUCAAAGGUUUUAUCAGCAGCAGCAUUAUCCUUGGGAUCAUUUCAAGUCUUAUGCUGGGCUCAUCCUUGACGGGUUUUUGCUCCCACAGAUAGUUUUCAACUUAUUUCUGAACUCGAGCGAAGAAGCUCUUUCCUUGCCUUUUUGCAUGGGAACGACUAUUGUCCGCUUGUUGCCACAUGCAUAUGACCUUUACAGGGCUCAUAGUUCCUCCUGGUACCUCGACUUGUCUUAUAUCUAUGCAAACCACAGAAUGGAUUUCUACUCCACAUCUUGGAACAUUAUCAUCCCUAUAGGUGGUUUACUGUUUGCUGCAAUCGUUUACUCGCAGCAGAGGUUUGGUGGCCGUUGCAUUCUUCCAAAACGAUGUAGGGGAACUUCUGAAUAUGAAAAGGUACCUACUGUCAGCAGUGAGGAAAUGACUACAUAUAGUCAACACUGAAUUUGCUUGGAGGAUGGCGAAAAUAGCAAAGAUAUUUUGUAGCUUGUGCACAGACAGAGUUUUGAUUCACUUGGACACACUUUCCUUGAAAGAAGUGGGAUGAAUGCAUCAUAUAUAGCAGAUAACACUCUCAAGUAUCAACGCUAUUGGGAUUCUUUUCCGACCAUGAAAACAGAAAAAAAGGGAAAGACUUUUGGCAGCACAAUUCUGGCGACGACUAGCAGAGUUGGUACUUGAUGAUGGGUUUUAGUUCGUAGAUAAUCAUUUUUAUUAGUAGAUCGUCAUCUUGAUUAUGGCUGUGGUGAAAUGAUAUUGCUAUUUAUCAUUAUUUAUCAAUCAUCUUAUUCUCUUCAAGUGUCCAUAAAUCUACUGCCAUAAGUAUACCAUUACUUGCUUUUUUCUUCGAUGAAGCAUACAUUUUGCAGAGCUAGUUUGCCUAAUUGCAGAUGUUUACAGAUA